AUGGCACCUCCUAGCGACACAUUCCACGACAUCACAAUGACUAUCAGUCCUCCCUCCGACCACGACGGCUUCCGAGGGCGGACACGUGACCGCAAUAUUCCCAGCUCCAAGAGCUUGCGCCCAGAUGAAUCGAGCACACUGCGAGGGCGAUCUCGUCGGCGCUCCAUCUCUCCCUUCAGCCUGACCUCUCGAACCUCCUCUCCCUCGGUCAAGUCCUCCGCAAACCGCCUCAUACUCCACAACCGUCUACGAGAGAAGCGCCGCGAGCACUGCCCUUCCAGAAUCGCUUCGCCGGCCAGCCAAGACGUCUUUCAGUCGCAGCAGCGUAUGAGGAGCCGAAGCCGAGGCCGCGGACCUCGUGUGGAGCAAGAACUCCAUAGACACGUCGAUCAUCUGUCCAGGCUUCGAAACGAGGUGUUCCUGUCCGACGAGGAGACCGACCACAACAAGACUUGUUGA